AGCGACUCGAUGCCCUUCAGUGUUCGAAAUUUUUUUCUGGUCCAGUCUUGCUUCUAAUAUCCAGACUAGAGAUCGUGCUCUGAGGGUCUGAGAUAGGCACUGAUUCUGCCUUGCUCUUGCACAUUGGUUUCUAGCGUCCACUCUCUCCUCUUCGCUGGUCGCCAUUAGCGAAACGAGGCUUCCCGACUGUCGCACCAUCAAUUCGUCAAUUUUCACCGCCAUGGAUCAACAAAGAUUUUUAGAGCAGCUGGCCAUCGUGCUGGACCCGAAGAAGGGCAACGUCAAGACGGCCACCAACGUGUUGCAGAACGAAUACUACAAGAGCCAGCAGUCAUUGUUAUUCCUUAUCCAACUCAUCAUCUCCCACGACAGCCCCGAGCUCAAACAACUUGCCGCUACCCAAGCCAGACCACUAGUCUCCAAACACUGGACGAAGCUAUCUCAAGACCAGCGACAACAUGCAAGAAGUCAGCUCUUCUCGGCUACCCUUUCCGAACCCUCACACCUCGUCCGACAUUCCUCUUCACGCCUCAUCAGCUCUAUCGCCAAGUUCGAUCUUGAUGAUGGCGAAUGGCCCGAGCUGCCUGGCAUGUUACAGCAGGCUGCUACAAGUAGUAGCGCGGCGGAGCGUUCUGUUGGUGUCUAUGUGCUCUACAGCAUCCUGGAGACCAUGGGUGAUGGGUUCAGUUCAAAAUUCAGAGAAUUAUUUGCGCUGUUUAGCAAGACAAUCAAAGACCCCGAGUCACUCGAAGUCAGAGUCAACACCAUGUUAGCAAUAUCAAAGAUGGCUCUUGUCGUCGAUCCUGAGGAGGACGAAGCCUCGAUAAAAGCCUUCCAAAACAUAUUCCCUUCAAUGGUCGCAGUCUUGAAAGACACCAUCGACUCUGGCAAGGAAGAGCAGGCCAUGCUAUCAUUCGAGGUCUUCAACACACUCCUCACGGCCGAGUAUCAGCUCAUGUCACAGCACUUCCAAGACUUGGUUCGGUUCAUGAACGACCUUGCUACCAACACAAAUAUGUCGGAUGAGACGCGAACGCAGGCGAUUAGCUUCCUGAUGCAGUGUGUCCUCUACCGACGUCUAAGAGUCCAGGGAGCAAAGAUGGGAGAAUCAUUGACCAAGAGCAUGCUGCAAAUUGUCACCGAGAUCGAUGAUGCUUCUGCAGACGACGAUGAUAUCACGCCCGCACGUUCGGCGCUGGGUAUGAUUGAUACAAUGGCCCAGAGCCUUCCAGCCAGCCAGGUCAUCGUUCCGCUGCUCGACGCUCUCCCUCAAUAUUCCAAGAGCUCCGAUCCCAAGCACCGUCAGGCUGGUAUCUUGGCUCUUGGUAUGGCUGUCGAAGGUGCCCCUGACUUCUUCAGCACUCAACUCCACACAGUCAUGCCUAUUCUGUUCGCGCUUCUUGAGGACUCGGAGGUGACUGUCCGCCAAGCGGCCUUGCAAACCACCGCUCGACUGGCAGAUGACUUGCCGGAGGAUGUCACGAAGCAGCACGAGAAGUUAAUGCCCUUGCUUGUAAAGAACCUGACUGCUGCCAUGGGUGCUUACAAGGGUGAGGAGGAAGGACCGACCGUCGAUAUCAUGAAAUCUGCGACAAGCGCAAUCGAUGCAGUCGUUGAUGGUAUGGAUGGUCAGGAUGCUGUGCACUAUUUGGACAAGUUGGCUCCUCUGCUGCAACGACUCUUCAAACAUCCCGAUUUCAAGAUUAAGGCCUUGGCCGCUGGGGCGCUUGGAUCGUUGGCCUCUACAGUAGAAGGGCCUUUCCUCCCUUACCUCAACGAUUCUAUGCAUGCCAUGCAGGAAUAUAUCACCAAGAAGGAGAGCGAAGAGGAGUUGGACCUGCGAGCAAGUUGCACUGAUGCAAUGGGCGAGAUGGCCGUAGCCGUUGGUGCUGCUGAGUUCAAGGACUAUGUGCAGCCUCUUAUGCAAACAAGCGAGGAAGCUCUUCAGCUCGACCAUUCGCGACUCAAGGAGAGCACUUACAUCCUAUGGGGCUCCCUGGCUAAGGUGUACGAAGAGGACUUCGCCCCAUUUCUUGGUGGUGUUGUACAGGGACUCUACUCAUGUCUUGAUCAGGAAGAAGCGGACUUGGAGGUUGCGCUGGGAGAGAGCGCAAAGGAUCUGCUCGGAAAGGAAGUCACCAUUGCCGGCCAGAAGGUCAAGGUUGCUGCCGCGGACAGUGACGACGAAGCUGAAGAUGGAACUAUCGAGGACAUCGACAUUGAUGACGAAGACGAUAGCGAUUGGGGGGAUCUUGCGACCGUCACGCCUAUUGCCCAGGAGAAGGAAAUCGCCAUCGAAGUCAUUGGAGACGUCGUCUCUAACACCAAGACAGCCUAUCUCCCAUACUUCGAGAAGACCAUCGAGAAGCUCCUGCCUUUGGUAGAGCAUUCAUACGAGGCCGUCCGAAAAGCCACCAUCAGCACCUUACAUCGGGCAUAUGCUGCUCUGUACGAGGUCUCCGAGGAGUCUGGCCAAGUUGAGAAAUGGAAGCCUGGUCUCCCACUUCAGGUGCAGCCUACACAGGAACUGAAGAAGUUCGGGGAGCUUCUGAUGGCUGCAACGCUCAAUGUCUGGCCAGAGGAAGAGGAUCCUGCGACAGUGUCAGAAAUUUCAAGAGCCCUCUCUGAGAACCUCAAACUCACGGGGCCAUCCCUCCUCUCCUACCCUGAGUGCCUCUCCCGAAUCGUGCAGACGGUGACCGAAUUGAUCACCAAGAAACACGCGUGCCAAGUCGACAUGGACGCUGUCGACGAAGAAGAUAUGGAAUCUACAGAAAUGGAAUGGCUUGUCGUUGACAGUGCCAUGGACGUCAUCUCUGGUCUUGCUGCAUCUUUGGGCCCUAGCUUCGCCGAGCUCUGGAAGAUCUUUGAGAAACAAGUCUUACGCUACGCAAGUGGUGGCGAGUCUCUCGGUCGGGCAUCGGCCUGUGGUGUUCUCGCUGAAAUCAUCACCGGCAUGGAGGGCGCAGUAACCCCCUACACAUCGCAGAUGAUGAACGUCCUGCUCAAGCGGCUCGGCGACGAGGACGCGCAGACCAAGUCCAACGCAGCGUAUGCCGUCGGCCGUCUCGUCGAAAAGUCCAACGACGAUGCUACUGUGCUGAAGGCCUAUCCACAAAUCCUGCAGAAACUCGAGACGAUUCUGCACAUCACUGAGGCCCGCUGCACCGAUAACGCUGCAGGCUGCGUGUCACGCUUAAUCAUCAAGCACAAGGACAAGGUCCCUGUCUCCCAGGUUCUACCCGCGCUGGUCGACAGCGGCAUCCUGCCCUUGAAAGAAGAUUACCAGGAGAAUGAGCCGGUGUGGACGAUGAUCGUCCAGCUCUACCGCCAACAAGAUCCUACUGUGCAGCAACUUACGCCGAAACUUGCGCCGAUGAUGAUGAGUGUGCUGGGCGAGCCUGAGGAUCAGCUCACCGACGAAGUGAGAGGGCAGGUCCAGGCUCUCGUCCAGCAUUUGAAGAGUAUGCACUGAAGAUCAUAAACUGCGACCGCAUUGAAAUGUUUGACGAUUGACGAUUGUUUGGGCUACCAUGAUGAAACAUGAUGCUAUAAUGAUUGAGCAGAACAAAUAGACUAUUGGGAUUCAAGCUUACGAGAACGAGUUCUCGAAAUGUCAAGUUGUGUACGUUGGGGUCUAGAUGGGGUAGACAGGAUGAGGUCGGAAUACCAGAGAUACCCAAGAUCACUUGUCCGCCUAGAUGAUGGAGUUGAAUGCGUUCCUUGCCUGGCGGUCAGGCUGCUCAUAUCCAAGGCGCUCGUUUCACCGGCUUUGAUACGAGCCCGAAAUGCGCGACGCGACAUGAUACCGUUGACUUCAUUGGCUAUGGAGUAACUCUCCUUCCUCUUUUGUGCAUUGCC